UGGUCCGGAUUAUCGAACGACGGGCCCCACGUGUCAGAAAGAAAAACCCGCGUACACCGUGCAAAGCCUCUUCUUUCGCGGAUAUCUUUCCGAGAGAGAGAGAGGGAGAGAGAGAGAAAGAUAGAGAAUGGCGUCGUCGGGAGAGUGGUUGGAGAAGGCGCUGUUGGAUCUCUGCAGCAGUAUAGAGACGGGUUUGGAUUUAGACGCAGAUGUCAUCUCUGGCCUCGUCUCCUACUGCGAAGCCGGUUCUCCUCAAGAUGCUCAGGAAUAUCUCAAUAAUAUUAUUGGCGAGGAAGCUGGUCAGAGUGUCAUUGAGGAAUACCUGCGAAAGAGAGGUUAUACUGGGCUCAGCAGUAGCACCCCAAAUGUGCAAAAUUCCAAAUUUCAGGCCUAUAUGAAGCCACCUUCAGAUAAUGGUCUUAUUAGUGGACCAAAGAAGCCAGCAAAGACUCCCAAAGAGGGAAAUGUAUCCAGCAAUCGGGGCCUGAAAAAUCCAACGGAUGCCGUGGAGCCCAAAAGCACCAAUAAAGGAAAUCCAAGUGCUUCUAAAAAGAAAAAAGCUGGCAAAUCUAUUUCACUCGCAGAGGCUGCAAAAGGAUCAAUUGUUUUCCAACAGGGGAAACCGUGCUCGUGCCAAGCCCGUCGGCACAAACUCGUGAGCAACUGUUUAUCUUGUGGCAAGAUAAUUUGUGAGCAGGAAGGUGAAGGCCCUUGCAGUUUUUGUGGCGCUCUUGUGCUGAGGGAAGGUAGCACAUAUGCUGGUCUAGAUGAGAUUGCAGUUCCCCUAUCUGAUGCGGAAGCAGCAGCUGAAGCCUAUGCUAAAAGACUUGUAGACUAUGACAAGAACUCUGCGGCACGCACUACAGUCAUCGACGACCAAAGUGACUAUUAUGAAAUUGAGGGAAAUAGCUGGCUAUCAGCAGAGGAAAAGGAACUCCUAAUGAAGAAACGACAAGAAAUUGAAGAAGCUGAACAUGCUCGCCGAAGUAAAGUGGUCAUGACGUUUGACUUGGUUGGCCGCAAGGUAGUGAUGAAUGAAGAUGAAGCCUCACAAUUGGAAUCGGAUUACAGAAUAUUACGGCCCCUGGAAGAAAGAGAAAUGAACCGAAUAAAACCGAAUCCAACUAUCAGGGUACAACCCGUCUUUGUGGACCCUGGGACAGCAAAGAAUCCAGACAGAGGAAGACAGAACAUGAGAUCACCCAUAAACAUUUGCUUAGAGAUAAGCGGGAGGGUGCAGCACGAUGACCGCGACCUACAACAUUUCAUGGCAGACGGGCGGCGGGGAGUGGUGUCCCACGGGAGUUCCUUGCAAAGCCCAUCAGUAAAGAGCGAUGCAUACACAACGGAAGAUGAUUAUGAGUGUUCCCUCGACUACAAUUAGGCUACGCCAUUGGAUUCAGGCAGAAUUUUGAUUUUCUUCAUGGUUCUGUUCAUGUCGACAAACCAUGGUAAGGUCUUGUUUUGAGUUUUGCCUUUUCGGUGAGAAAUGAAAAGUUUCUCAGGAUAUUUGCCUUUUAUAUACGUGUGAAUGGUGUCUGUUUUAACUUGAUGUGUGCAACUCUACAUUUUUUUCCUUGAAAGGAAAAUUAUGUUAAAUAUGAAUAGAAAAUAGUCCUUAUUUUGAAACUGAGAGGAAACUGUAAAUAGUAUCUGAUGGAGAAAAUGAAUCCAAUUGUGGGAAGAAGAAGGAAAGAAAAAAAAAGGGUCCAUUAUGGGCUACUUUGAGAAUC